AUGGCCUGGGAUCAUCUAUCCAUCAAUCGACCGCAUCUGGUCUACAUCAUACUGGGAGGGUUUACUAGCAUGUUCAUGCUGUGUUCUCUCUUCAUCAAAGAGAAGCUGUACAUUGGUGAAGCUACGGUGGCUACCAUUUGUGGCAUCAUCUUCGGGCCACACGCUGCCAACCUGAUAAACCCGUUGGAAUGGGGCAAUCCGGAUCAGAUCACCCUUGAGUUCUCUCGCAUUGUCCUAGUGGUCCAGUGCUUUGCUAUCGGUGUCGAGUUGCCGAAGUCUUAUAUGGAGCGCCACUGGAAAUCGGUUGUGUUUUUACUAGUCCCUGUAAUGGCCUAUGGAUGGCUUAUCACCAGUCUGUUCAUUUGGUGGAUGAUAGAACCGUUGACCUGGCUAGAGUCCUUGAUCUGCGCAGCUUGUGUGACUGCUACCGAUCCUGUGCUGGCAUCCUCCGUGGUUGGAAAAGGCAAGUUCGCCAAACGAGUGCCCAAGCAUCUGCGAGACAUUCUCUCUGCCGAAUCCGGAUGUAAUGAUGGCAUGGCCUUCCCUUUCAUAUACCUCUCAAUCUACAUUGCACGAUAUCGACCGGAUACCGACAAAGUUGCAUUUUACUGGUUUUGCUACACCAUUCUUUACGAGUGUAUAUUCGGAGCCUUCUACGGAUUUAUGGUGGGAUACAUCGCUCGCCAUGCCAUCAAGCUGGCCGAGAGAAAGGGGUUGAUUGACCGGGAGAGUUUUCUUGUAUUCUACUUCGUUUUGGCCUUAUUCUGUGCCGGGUCGGGUAGUAUGCUUGGGAUGGACGAUCUGCUCAUUGGCUUUAGUGCAGGCGUCGGUUUCUCCAACGACGGAUGGUUUACUGAGAAGACGGAGGAGUCGCACGUCUCAAAUGUAAUCGAUCUGUUGCUCAACCUGUCAUAUUUUGUCUACUUUGGUACUAUUAUACCAUGGGACCAAUUCAAUGAUCCCGAGGUCGGCAUGAUACCUUGGAGGCUGGUGGUGUUAGGGAUUUUGGUCAUCUUGUUCCGUCGAUUACCCAUCAUGCUGGCUUUGAAGCCUAUCCUUCCAGACGUCAAGACAUGGCGAGAAGCAUUAUUUGCUGGUCAUUUUGGACCGAUUGGGGUUGGGGCCAUUUUUGUAGCCAUUCUUGCACGAGCCGAAUUGGAAACGGGAUCCACCAGCCCUCUUGAAGUUCUACCACCUCCAGGAUCAAGGGACUAUAAUGUGAUUUUUCUGAUAUGGCCAAUAACCUGUUUCUUGGUCAUCAUUUCGAUCGCUAUCCAUGGUUCGUCGAUUGCAGUCUUUACACUAGGCAAACGCAUCAACACUCUGACACUUACGCUCUCCUACACUCAGGACAACGAAGUCGGAAGAUCUUGGAUGGACCGUCUACCUCGAAUAUCAGCAUCCAAUUCCAAGUCGCUCUCCAAGGUGGAUACAGCCUCCCUCGACUCGGGAUCCAACGAGAAAUUAGAAUUCCCCCCUGGCACACUGGGUCCGACUGGCGUGCCAGGAAAUUUCCUUCGUCGUCAAAAAGAUGAUAGGGAGAAGCCUGGAACGGCGCCGAUCGGUAGAAGCCGAAAAAGAAGGAAGUGGGAGGCUGGUAGAGGGCCAGGGGGGCCAAUCAGUCAAAGUGCCAUAGCGCCGCAGCGACGGUCCGAAACAGCCCUAAAGACCUUUACUGAGGAUGGUCCGGAUGUGACGGACGAGAGAUCUGCGGAUGUCUCACCGGAAAGUCAGCAGCGUUCCUAUUUUGAGAAGCCCAGUGCCUCCUCAUCCACUUCCCCUGAUCGUGAUGAGUAUGGCAGGAAAAGACCGAGUGCGGAUGUCGAAGCCUAUGAAGAAGGAGAUGACAUGAUCAUUGAAGAUGAAGAAGGCAACGUUCUAUCCACAUUCGAUGAGCGUGGUCGAUCGCCAGAAGAAAAGGCUAGCAAGAUCGAGGAAGAGCGUCGAAAGCUUGCGCAUGAGGAAAGUGGUGAGCAUGCCAAGCACACGCAUGAAUCACAUGCGAAGACAGAGGGCGAAGAUAUUCAAAAAGCGGUUGGAGAGGCAGCGGAUCAUCCCUACAAGAAUUUGAGAAAGCAAUUUGGUAGCUGGCGCGGCUGGGGCAAGCAGAAGGAUGGCGAGGAGGGGGGAGAGUCUUCGCACACCAAAUCGAAGCCACCGGAGCGAAAGAGAGGUCCAGCCCAUGCGUAUCAGUUUAGCAAUACCAUCAUCGUCGAAGAUGAGGAUGGAGAAGUGAUAAAGACUUAUACGUUGCCUGGUCCAGGUAAACAGGGCAAGACGCCUGGAGAACCCCAAUCAGGCUGGCGUAAGAUGUCCAACGCAGCUGACAUGCGCCGCGGGCUUGGUAGAAUGGGUACCUGGGUUGGUGUGGGUGGCGACAAGGCACAUGGUCAUUCCAACGCCGCCACAGAUUCUUCGGCUGCCACAGCAGAAGGACAAGGCGACUCCGCCGUCCCACGAAAAGGCAGCGUAGACCGCCAUGAAGAAAGUGCCGACUUUUUCGCCGACGACUCUCUCCGCGUCACCAUUUCCCAUAUCGACCGCCAUGGCCACGGUCUCUCUGGCACAAGCGGCACAUCCCAGGCCAAUGGCAUAACUACCGGUUCUGGUCGUCGAUAUUCUGCCGUUGACUUCCUCAAGGAAUUGCAGCAGAUGGAUCCCAAAGCGCAGAUCAAAGCCAUCAAUGCUAGUAAUGCGCCCGAUUAUGUCAAGAGCGAGAUGAGGCGUGUCGCGGUGCAGGAUAGCAGGGAGAAUAGUCAGACGAGGGGACAACAGGAUGGUGGAAAGAGAACGAAUGCCACGCCAUCCAACAGUGGGGCUCCGGCAUCUAGACCCGGUUCAACGGCUAGAGCUACCAGUGAUGCAGCAAUCUCAUCGCCUCCACCAUCCUCACGCAAUGGCCGACCGGAUACCCGAAGAGCAGAGACCGAUAUUUCUAAACCUAUAACGUCUAACUCGAGAUGGAAUGGUGAGAAUGCCUUUCAGCGUCCUGGUGCGCCGAGAAGAACGACUACGGCGUCAACGUUGGAAGAAGAGGAUGAAGAAGAAAUACCAACGCAUGACGUCAGCUCCACUCUGGCUAAGGUCAGGUACUCUGGUGGCGGUACCACCGCGGCGGAUAGUAGAAGGCGGAAAUUGGCCACCAUUGUCAGUGGAAGUAGCAAAGAAGAGGAGGGAGACGAAACUGGUGCUGUUCCCGAAGGCGAAGAAAGAGAAACGGCGGCGGAAAAGCGAAGGAGGUUGGCUGCGUUGGGAGUCAGCCAAGAGAGGGCGGAGAGCGAGAGCGAAGACGAAGACAAUCUACCAUCCGCAUCAACAUACGCCGAUGCUGGCGCUGGCGCUGUGAGGACCAAUGAAAACGGAGACCCAGUGCUGGAUAGACAGCAGCAGAAACAGCAGAUGCGACCGAGGGAGAUGUUGAACCCCGGUCCGAAACCGAGGAUCCAGUGGGGUGGGGUCUCGGGACGGGAGGCGGUGGCGCAGAAGAAUGAAGAAGGCGAUGAGGAGACAGCGAGUCCGAAUGCGAAGAAAGGCAUCAAGGCCUUGUUUGGUGCCAGGAAACUCUGA